AUGGAGGCCAUUACCAACAAACUUCAGACCGUCAUGGGCACCGCCAGCGGGCCGUACAGCGGAAAGACUGCCCUGUUGCUCGGUGCUGGUUUUGUCACGCGACCAACCGUAGAGGUCCUCGCAAAGUCUGGCGUCAAAGUCACAGUCGCAUGCCGUACCCUGGAGAAGGCGCAGAGCCUGGCCAAGGGCAUCCCCAACACCCACGCUAUCAGCCUCGACGUAAACAACGCCGAUACGCUCGACGCCGAAGUCGCCAAGGUCGACGUAGUCAUCUCCCUCAUUCCCUACACAUUCCACGCCACCGUUAUCAAGUCGGCGAUCCGCAAGAAGAAGAAUGUCGUCACAACAUCCUACGUCUCGCCCGCCAUGAUGGAGCUCGACGCCCAAGCAAAGGAGGCUGGCAUCACCGUCAUGAACGAGAUCGGCGUAGACCCCGGUGUCGACCAUCUUUCGGCCGUCCUCACCAUUGACGAGGUCCACAAGGCUGGUGGCAAGAUCCUGUCCUUCAAGUCAUACUGCGGUGGUCUCCCCGCCCCCGAGGCCUCAGACAACCCGCUCGGCUACAAGUUCUCCUGGAGCUCCAGAGGUGUCCUGCUUGCGUUGAGAAACCAGGCUGCCUUCUACCAGGACGGCGAGGUCAAGUCGAUUGAAGGCCCAGAGCUCAUGGCCGAGGCCAAGCCAUACUUCAUCUACCCGGGCUACGCCUUUGUCGCAUACCCCAACCGCGACUCCACACCCUACAAGGAGCGCUACAGCAUCCCAGAGGCACAGACCAUCAUCCGCGGUACGCUGCGGUACCAGGGUUUCCCAGAGUACAUCAAGUGCCUCGUCGACAUUGGUUUCCUGUCGGAAGAGCCCAAGGACUUCCUCAAGGAGGGCGAGAAGCGCACCUGGCGCGACGCGACUGCGCAGAUUAUCGGCGCGCAAAGCAGCAAAGACGAGGACCUCAUCUGGGCCAUUUCGUCGCAGACAAAGUUUGCUAGCACAGAAGACAAGGACCGCAUCAUCUCGGGUCUCCGCUGGAUUGGCGUCAUCUCGGACGAGGAAAUUAUUCCCCGCGGCAACCCGCUCGACACGCUGUGCGCCACGCUCGAGAAGAAGAUGCAGUACGAGGAGGGCGAGCGCGACAUGGUCAUGCUGCAGCACAGGUUCGAAAUCGAGAACAAGGACGGCAGCAAGGCGGUGCGUACCUGCACGCUUGUCGACUACGGUGACCCCAAGGGCUACUCGGCCAUGGCCAAGUUGGUCGGUGUGCCCUGCGCCGUCGCUGUCCAGCAGGUGCUCGACGGCACCCUCAGCGAGAAGGGUAUCCUGGCGCCUAUGACACCAGAGAUCUGCAAGCCGCUGAUGAAGACAUUGGAGGACCAGUACGGCGUCUACUUCAAGGAGAAGACCAUCCCCAUGUAA